GUGACGCCAGCGCGGCGCCGUCGCGGCAGUGACGCCGGGUCUGCCGGCCUGGAUAGGGGGCGGCGGCGGCGGCCUGCCCCGGGGAUGGCGAUGUUCCGCAGCCUGGUGGCCUCGGCGCAGCAGCGGCAGCCGCCGGCUGGGCCCGCGGGCGGCGAUAGCGGCCUGGAGGCGCAGUUCAGCUGUCCCAUCUGCCUGGAGGUGUACCAUCGGCCAGUGGCCAUCGGCAGCUGCGGCCACACGUUCUGCGGGGAGUGCCUCCAGCCAUGUCUGCAGGUGCCAUCCCCUCUGUGCCCUCUCUGCCGUCUGCCCUUCGACCCCAAGAAAGUGGACAAGGCCACCCAUGUAGAGAAGCAGCUCUCAUCCUACAAGGCACCCUGUCGGGGUUGCAACAAGAAGGUGACACUGGCCAAGAUGAGAGCGCACAUUUCCUCCUGCCUGAAGGUCCAGGAGCAGAUGGCUAACUGCCCCAAGUUCGUCCCUGUGGUGCCCACAUCCCAGCCCAUCCCCAGCAAUAUCCCCAACCGGUCUACCUUCGCCUGCCCCUACUGCGGAGCCCGCAAUCUGGAUCAGCAGGAGCUGGUGAAGCACUGCGUGGAAAGUCACCGUAGUGAUCCCAACCGUGUGGUGUGCCCCAUCUGCUCAGCAAUGCCCUGGGGGGACCCCAGCUACAAAAGCGCCAACUUCCUGCAGCAUCUGCUGCACCGGCACAAGUUCUCCUACGACACCUUCGUGGACUACAGCAUCGACGAAGAAGCCGCCUUCCAGGCUGCCCUGGCUCUGUCCCUCUCUGAGAACUGAGGCACAGCCUGGCCACCCGCCUCUUAUGGGGCAGAAGACACAUUCCCGCUUCAAGGGAUAGGGCUGUUGCCCUUCUGCCCUGGCACCUGCACAGGAGUGCGCCUCACCAGGCCAAGUGGAAUGUUACACAAGGAGAGUUGGUCUCAGAAUCCCCAGGCUAGGAUCCUGGCUAGCUGGCCCCUUGUCAUCAAGCAGGGCCACCAGGUCCUGGCCAGCAGCACUGGGCCCUCGGUGCUUCAAGGGGCAGGUGCUGGCUGUUGGGUUAGAGCAGGUGGCUGCCUUUCCCAGACUGGAUGUCUUCGUGUGGAGAAGGAUGAGGUGCCCUAAGCUGUGCCCAGCAGGACCAGGGGAAGAGGUGCCCAGCCAAGGCUGCCAGCCCACCCGGUCGGUCCCUAGCUUCGCUUCCACCGUGAGCAUUUGGUACUGGCUUUUGUGAUAUUUAGGAACCCUGCGUUUUUCUAUCUUAUCCUGUGUGAUAAUCUUUUCAUGUUUUCUAGAGCAAAAACAAAGCAGUUACUCUUCUAUCGCAAUACCCAGGUUUGACUAGGAAGAGCAGUAUUUUUAUGGAGCAUUUACAAAGUUAUAUUUUUUAAAAAAAAAUCAAAAAUAAACGUGUGGGAUGAGUGUAGAGGGAGGAGCGUGGGCGUGGCCAGGGCUUUGUCUGUGUGACGGGUGGCGUCCCCAAGCCAUGUGAUCUCUGAGGAGGUGGCUCCUGUCUGGUGGUUUGUGAUGACCCAGAAGAAAUCCUAGCACCAGGUGGGCCACUGUGCCCAGCAUCUGGGCCAUCUGCUCCCAGCAGAUGUAGGACAGCCCAGACAGAAUGGAGUCCUUCUGCCCUGCCUUGUCACCUUCCAGAGCCAACCGUAUCCCUCCUCAGGCAGGGACUUCCCUUACCAGUGGUAGAGCCCUCAAGGGCCAGAGAGACCUGCUUGGUGGCAGGUCAGGCAAGAAAACAUUUGUCAGCAUCUUGUUCUGUUCAUGGCAUAAAUUGCUGUCUUUUCAAAAGAGUUUUAAAUAAAGUGUUUCCAAGCACC